UCAGGAACAAAGAUUCCCUGGCCUUUGACCACUCUGUUGGCCACCGUGACGCCAAAAUGGCACGUGCCCAGGUGGAGGAGAGUCUCCGUGUGAUCUGUGACACCUCCCGUAAUGACGUCAGACCCGAGUCUCCACGCCACUUCUCCGAGCUGGUCAUCGCCAUGAGGUCACUCUCUCAGGGAGACCUGGAGGAUCUGCACAAGAUGCUUAAGACCAAGACUCUCUGCCCAGACAACGACAAGACAUUCAAAUUUUUCUUGGAUGCCUUGCCCCUUACAUCUACUGACGCGUCCGUCAAGCUGAUGACGUCACUGAUCGCCAGCAAAUAUGUCAAGGGCGUCCUUGCCCAGGCCUGGAUCACAUCUUUUGGCUUUGUGCAAACUCCCACAUCGGAGAUGCUGCUGAGUGCCAAGACUCUGGUGGACAGCGAUGACACUAGGGAAGACGCUCUGCUGCCCGUCUCCUCCAUGGUGAACAACUACUGCAGGAAGAUGACGUCAUGUGACCAGGACUACGCUGUGCUCAGCAUCAUGGCCUCCCUGGAGAGGAACAUUGGCUACCGCUGUGACGUUUCUGGAAAGAAUUUCGAGAAGGUUCUCCUGUCCCUCCGAGCUAUCGGAAACGCCGGACAUGCAAGCCGAGCUGUUGGCCCCAUCAACAAGUGCCUGAGCUCCCCCACUAACCCUCUGGAGAUCCGUGUGGCUGCUGCUGAGGCUUUCAGACGCAUGCCUUGUGAGGCAAAGGAGGACGAACUGUGGAACACCUUUGAGAACGGUGACCUGGACUCCGAGCUCCGAGUGGCUGCCUACCUGGCCCUGAUGCGGUGCCCUAGCGACGCCACCCUGGGCAAGAUGGCCGCCAGUCUGCUCAGCGAGGAGGAUGACCACGUCGGUGCAUUCGUCUACAGCCACUUGACCAACCUGAGGGAGACUUCAGACCCACACCGACAGGACAUUGCUCGUGCCGUGCAAAAUCUGGCACUGGACAAGGAAUUCGAGCUGAGCGCCCUGAAGUAUUCCCGCAACUUCGAAGUGUCUGCUCUCAUCAACAAACUGAACAUGGGAUUCGCAGCAGAGAGCAACCUCGUCUGGUCCAGCGGGUCGCAGAUGCCCAGGUCUAUCUCAGGAAACCUGACCGUCGAUCUGUUCGGCCAGGCUAUCAACCUGAUGGACUUCGGAGCCCGUCUAGAAGGAUUGGAAUACCUUGUGAAGAAUCUCUUCGGACCAUACAUGCCAGAAGAAGAUAGAUCAGACCAGAAGUUCAAGAGCCGCGCAAAGGCUGAGGAUGUUGAGGGCUCCAUCUAUGGCCGAAUCUUUGGCAAUGAGAUGCUCUUCAUGCACAGCAAGACCAUGAAAUCGCCCUUCAAGAAAAUGCCUUCCAGCUGGCUUGACCUGCUCAUCCAACUGUCCAAGAAACAAGACUUUGCUCUGACCCAGUCAGCUCAGUUCAUUGACACCUGCAUGAUCUUCCCUAGCGUGGCUGGUCUGCCCAUCCACGUCGACGUCAAUGGUACCGGCACUGUGGACCUGGUUCUCAGUGGCAAGAUGGACCUCAGGAAGUUGGGAUCCUCUCCUCGUUCUCUGGACAUCGAUGGUGAAGUUCGCCCAAGUGCCGCUAUUGAAAUCACCGGAACCAUGUCUGUGGACGCAAUGGUCACCAGGACUGGACUGCGCAUGCGUAACACUCUGCACACCAGCACUGCCCUCAAGGGACGUGUGCAACUGGAGAGAGGCCAGCUGCUCAACAUGGAACUUGAGACUCCCGAGGACAAGAUGGAAAUCUUCAGUGCCGGGUCAAAGUUCUUCAUCAUCCACAACGACGUGGAAAAAGAGCAGGCUAUGAUGGCCGACAACCGUCAGGAGUACAAAGUGUGUUCUGGUGGUCAACUGGCUACUAUUUUCGGAAUUGAGAUGUGCGGAGAACUGAGCUUCCCCAACGCUUCCAUGGCAACCACAGGCCCGUACUUCCCCCUGACCGGACCCACCUCAGGAAGCCUGACACUGUACAAGAAGGAUUCUCACAAGAGUUACAAGAUCUUUGCCAAACGUGUUGAGAACAAGAAAGCCAGCAUUGCCCAGAUUUCACUGAACACACCUGGCUCCAAGACCGACCGUGCUAUUUUGAUGGAGGUCAACCUCAACUACCCCAAGCAGACAUUGGACGCCGUUAUGAGGACCCCUUGGAAGAAGGGCGCUCUCAGGGCUGUGACCAUCAACAAGGACAACCUGAAGAGCUUUACCGGAAGUGUCGUCAUCGAUGACGAAGACACGUACGCCUUCACCAGCGAGGUCAAGGUCGAUAAGACCAAGAACAAACUCCAGCUGAGCCCAAUGAUCGAGGUGAGACGUGUCGGAGCUGACAACGUUCAGGUGACUGGUUAUUUGACCUUCAUGACCCCAUUCAAGUCGGCCGACAUCGACCUGUCUCUGUCCGGACUCAGCAAGAUGCCGUACAACGUGAAGACUACCCUGACAAACACUAAGAAGGAAAAGAGUAUUCGCGCCAGCUUCAGCCCAGAUGGAAAGAACAAAUACACCCUUGAAGCCAGCAACCAAUUCUCUGUCAUGGGCAAGAAGUCGAUGAUCGCUACCCUGAAGAGCAUGCUCAAGGUGAACACGCCCACCAAACAGAUGUUGUCCAUGCAAGGAUCAGCUGACUACAGGGAGGACAAGUCUUUGAAGAUGGACGGCACCCUGGACGUCUACCGCCUCCUCAAGAAACCCGCCAACAUCAAACUUGCCCUGGUGAAGAACGCCAAAAAACGAGGUGUCCGCUACGACGUCGAUGCUAUCCUGAAGUCAUCUGUGGCCUCUGGCAAACUGGACAGUUUCACCUUCAUCAAGAACUCCGGUCUCAUGUCCACAAAGACUGUCCUGGGAUACACCAUCCCCAGAGUGGCAAAGAACAAGAUCACGUUCGGUGGAAAGUUCAAUGACAGGAGCACCAAGGCCUACAAGAAGUACACCAUCAAGAGCAACCUGGACAUUGCAAAGAACCCAGAGUACAACCUGGGUCUGAACGUCGAUUUGGAUCAUAAGAAGAAGCACAGUGAGGCUGAAGUAGAACUCAAAUAUGGACCCAACCCCAAGGACAAGACUAAGAGGCUUUUCUGGUCAACCUCCCUGAACAGGAAACUGGCCACCUGGAAGAACGCAAUCCUCACCUUUAAAAUGAACGCUCUGGCCCCAGCCAAGGGAAUGGACGUGAGUUUGGUGCACAAACAUCAGCACACACCCAAGAUGAUCGACUCCAACGUCGUGCUAAAUUAUGGAGGAAAAGGGAAAGACCUGAGCGCUGAGCUGGUCGUCAGAGACAAGAGCUCAAAACUGUCAAAGAUUAACGGCAAAGCAGUUGUUGCCUGGCCGGGCUCAGCAUACACCUUGACCACUGGAGUUGACCAGAAGUCUGCCAAACAGUACGCCCAUACCCUGAAUCUGAGAAGUAAAUCUGGAAUGAAGCACACAAUCACAACGCUUUACAAGACCCCCAAUGGAAAAGCACACCAGUUCUCCACAAAGUUCUUGUUGAGCGGAAUGAAACCAGUCACUGUUUCUGGGUCCACCAACCUUGACCCAAGAAACUUUGAGAUCUCGGGAGAAGUCCAGCGAGGCAAAGAGAUCUACGGGCUCAAGACAAACACCAAGAUUACCAAGACCCCUACUGCGAAGGUUGAAGUUGAGCUUGUCUACCCCACAAGGCGUAUGACUCUCCUCAUUGAUGGAGGAAAGCAAAAGAGCAAGUUUAAUGGCAGAAUUGAAACUGCUUGGGACGCUGACAGAGACCCAAGCCAGAAAGUUGUCGUUGAUGGCUCUGGAUACAUGAAGUCUACUAAGAAAUCAAUGAGUUUGGGAGGAAGCCUCGCUCUCAACUCUCCCUUCAAGAACUACGAAGACAUUAUGACAGCUUUCAAAUAUGGCAAUGAUGACAGUCAACACGAUCUCAGCGGCAAGUUCUCAUGGGGUGGAAAGGGAAACCAGAUGGUAUCUAGCCUCACUGUGAAGAGACCCGUCUCCUUCAGCAACCUGCAGAUGACCACAGAAACCAAAACGCCAUUCAAAGGAUUCCGAGUUAUCUCUUGCGAUAUUGAUCAUUCUCUGUACCCGACUCUGAAGACUACCAUGAAAGGAAGGUGGGACAAGGAAAAUGGUAAACUGAGCAUCGAAGGUCAAAAUAUUGGAGAUUGGUAUAACCGCAACAUCAAAGGAACCGUUUCAUUGAAAUCCACUCUGAAGAAUGCAGAGGACGUGACGUUCCACUUGGCUCACGCUGAUAGCGCUGGACGACUUGCUUCCAACGCUGCCCUUAUCCACAACGGAAAGUCGUACGGCUAUGACGUGAAUAUGGAUCACAACAGGAAUGGCUGGCAAAUCAGAAACACCGGAGACCUUUUGCUUACUAUGCCCACCACCAAAGUCAAGUCAAGCUGGAAACACAGGAGCAGUGAGAAAGACAUUAAGUCAACCAUGACCUCUGAGUGGGGAAAGAACCGACUGCUUGUAAAUGUGGAUGCAUCUCACGACCUUCUGAAUGCUGGAGUUAUGAAUGCUGACCUCAAGAUGCAGAGCCCUUGGAAAUCUCUCAGGAACAUUGACUUGACCCUCAGCCACAAACACGGAAACGGUGUUAUCAUGAACAAUGCUGCCUACAAGCACAAUGGAAAGAUAGAGGCUUCUUCCUCCAUAAAAGGCAAUUUCCGCCCCUCUGAGUUUGAUUUUAAGUUUGGAAUAGUAUCCCCAUUCACUGAAGACUUCGAUGGCAAGAUGAACAGCAAAUUCAGCUCCUACCCAAUGACUGCAGCGGCUGAGCUGAGCUGGGCCCCGAGAUCUAAGGCUGUGAUGGAAGGUUCAUUGAACAUUGCCUCCUGGGAUAACGCAAAUGUUGAUGUUAAAGUUAUUACACCUUUCAGAGAGUACCGCAACAUUGUCUUCAAAGCAUCCAACAAGAACGAAAAAGGAGAGAUUGUAUCACACAUGAAUCUCGACUAUGGAGUCCGUAAAAACAUUGACAUGGAAAGCAGAAUGGCCUGCAAUGACAUGAAGAAGAUGUUGAGACUGAAGAUGAGAACUCCAUUCCGCGAAAUGCAGACUUUGGAUACUGGUCUCACAUUCACAGGGAUGAUGACACGUUUUGACGGAUCCGCUGAUUUUGAAAUGGUUCCAGUUAUUGGUAAACUCCAGGGAUCCGUGAACUGGGAAUAUGCUAAUGACGAUUUGAAGGGAAAUCUGCGUGUGAGCACUCCCUUCCCAGAGUACCCGUACAUUGAGCUGUCAACCUCCAGUCAAAUGAAAGGACGCUCCAGACAAUCAUCGGUCUCCGCUGAGUAUUAUCCCCGCCAGACCUAUCGCCUCGACAGCACUUACACCCUUGAGAUGCCCUACGCACUUGAGGUCACCCUCAACACUCCUUUCCCUGAGUAUGACAACCUGGGACUAGCCUUCCAGCACAAUCAGUCUCCAUCUAGUGUGAUGUCCCACGGAGAAGUGCGUUACCAGCCUGACAAGAAGAUUGAAGGCGAUGUGAACAUGGACUGGUCCACUGUUAUCGAGGGUACUCUGAUGUUGAAAACUCCCUUCUACGGCUAUGAAUCAAACAAGGUGCUGCUCAGGCACCAAGGCGACAUGGAUGCUUUCAGCAGCCACGGAGAGGUAAACGUUGCCGGCAAGAGUGUUUCAGCAGACGCAAGUUUCAACAGCGGAUACGCCACCACCGGCACAUUCACCUUCAACAGCCCUAUCCCUGGACUUGAGAGCAUUGAACUUUCGAUGAAUAAGAAAGGCAACUCCAACAACAUGAGAGGUGGUGCCACAUUCAGUCUGAAUGGAGACAGGUCCCAAGCCAACUUCAACCACAGGAUGAGCGCCUCCACACUGAAGUCAACCGUCAGUGUCAAUACCCCAUACAGUGACAACUUCAAGCUCAAUGUUGAUCACAACGGUGACAUCAACAGUUUCACUAACAAGAUGUCCCUUAACUAUGGCCGUCGCUACGACAUUGACACCAUCUUUGCCUUUGACAAUAGACAGCCAGACGUCAGCGGCAAUGGCAUGAUCAAAUACAAACUUGCUGGACCAAGAAACGUUGCCCGAGUGACCUUCAGCAGAACCGGUGAGCUGGAAGACAUGUCCUUCAGUGGAACUGCCAGCUACAACAGAAGAGAUGUCAGUUUGAAUGGCUCCUGGAAACUCCUUGGCGGAAUUGAAGGCACUGUUCGCAUUGCAACUCCUUUCGACAAGUUCAGAAACAUUGGCGCUACUCUUUCCCACACUGGAGACGUAUACAACUUCAGAACCGAAUCCAACUUGAACUACAUGGAUAACCAAAACAUCAAUGGAAAAAUGGAGAUGUCUUCUGAUGGUCUACGCAGAAUCCGCUUCAACACCGAGAUGGCCACUCCCUUCAGGGAAAUGCAGUCAGCUAAAUUGAGUGUAGAACACGACUACGACGAGUACACAAUGGCUUUGACGGGAGGAGCAAAACUGACCACCACAAUGGGCCGAUUUGGACAGGGCAGUGUCAGUUACACCAAGUCAGGAGACUUUGAGAACUUCAGCGUUCAGCUCAACGGAAAGUAUGCCAACGACGAGGCUGUUGUUACUGUGACAAAGAGAGGCUCCGUGAGCGACAUGACCGUGAGCACCAGCGCCUCCUUGAACGGACAAGCUAUCAGCAUGGACGGUUCUCUGAAGACUCUUGGCGGAUUUGACGGAAUAGUACAGCUGAAGACACCGUUUAGAUACUACCGCAAUGUAGGAAUGAAGUUGACCCACCGUGGUGAGAUCAAUGACUUCAACACCCAAGCUUCUGUUGACUACAUGGACAACAAGAACGUUAACAGCCAGAUUGAGUUUGUUGCCGAUGGUAUCCGAGCAAUCAGACUGUCCACUGAACUGAACUCACCACGAGAACUCCUGGGAACCUCUAAGAUGACCUUCAACCACGAAUACGACACCUACAGGAAGAGCAUCGCUACACGUGGCGAGAUGAGCAGCGCUAUUGGCGGAUUCGGCGACGGCAAUUUCCGAUUCAGCAAGACCGGCGACCUUAGUGACCUGAAUAUGGAAGGCAAGGCCACUCACAAUGGUGCCGACAUGGUAUAUGCCAAGAUUACCAACUCAUUCCAGCUCCGAGCCCUUAAAACAAUCAUAAACUUCAAGAGCGCCAUGACACCAAGUUUGGAGUUCACAGUUGACCACAACGGUGAUUACCUCAACAGCAACACUAAAGCCACAGGCAUGCUAGGUUCCAACAACAUGAUGUCCGUGGAAACUGCCAUGACCAACCGAGGUGAUGUGUUUGACAGCCAGGGUACUCUCAUUUACAGGACCACCCAAUUUGGCGCUAGCCGUGGAUCUGUCAAGGUUCACAAAGAGGGCGACAUUGAUGACUUCAGCGUGACUGUGACUGGCGACCUCAACGGCGACAAGUCUUCGGUAACCGGAGCCUUCAAGAUCAAGGACGAAAUCACUGGAUCAGUCAGCGUGAAGACACCCAUGAGGGGAUACCAAAAUGUUGGAAUGUCUUUCAAACACUCUGGCAACCGUGAGCGCUUCCACAGCAGCGGUGACAUUACCCUGAAGGACGGAAACCGUUACUCUGCCAAACUGGACUUCUACAUGUACCUGCUCAGACGCAUUGAAACAACUCUUGAAGUCAGAACUCCAAUUCAAGGCUACGAGUUCACCAAGCACGAGUACAGACACGAGAGCGGGCCAGACAGCUUUAAGUGCUACGAGACUCUUGAGUACGGAAACUCACAGAAAAUUACAUAUGAGAUGAAGGCUACCAUGUCCCCCAACCCUGACGUGGGCAUCACGCUGAAGACACCUUUCUACAGGUACGAGGACAUGAUGGCAUCUGCUUCUCUCGUCAACAACUGGCCAACUGCUUCUGUCUCCGGAAAGGUCAAUGCAGGAAACGGCAACAUCUUUGUUGUAAAUGGAGCUAUGGACGUGAGAUCGGAUAUGUCAGGAUCCCUUACUGUCGCCACGCCUGUGAGGGGUUUCAGCGAUAUUGGACUCAGCUUCCAGCACUCUGGCGAACUCAGAAACUUCAACUCAGAGGGCAGAAUUACAUACAUGGACAACAAGGACAUAUCUGGCAAAUUGGGAUUCAAACUUAACAGUGGGCGUGUCAUUGCCGAACUCAAGACGCCUUUCAGCGGAUACGAGCUGACCAGAUACGAGUACACAGAGAAGAACAACAGGAGACAAGCCUCAUCUACAAGCAUCCUUACGUACGGAGCCAACCAGGUGAUCAAGAGUACCACAGAGGUCGUGUACUACCCUAACUCUGAGGUAAAGGUCAAUAUCCAGACUCCGUUCAGGAGCUACGAAGACAUGUCUUUGUCGUAUCUGUUGGACACAACCGGACCAAGAUACAGACUGGAGAGCAACGUGAACCUGGGCGUGGGACGCACUCUCACUUUGAAUGGAGGUUUCGACUCUUCUGAUGACGUGUCGGGCUACGUUGACCUGAAGACGCCUUUGAACGGUUACAGAAACCUCGGCAUGAACUUCCGCCAUACAGGAAAUGCCCAGAAGUUCAACUGUGAAGGCAAGGUGACCUACGCUGACAGCAAGGACAUCAGCGGCAAAGUAAACUUUUACAGGUACAUGUGGCGACGUGUUACCGCUUCUGCUGAACUGAGCACACCUUUCUCUGGACUGGAAACCACCAAAGCUGAGGUUAAGUACGAAGACAGGUCCACCAGCAUGAGUGCUUCAUCCUCUCUGCAGUACGGCAAUGGACAGACACUUGCAGGCAACGUCAAACUGACCUACUCUCCAAACUACGACCUCCUUGUCACGAUCAACACCCCUUUCUACGAGAUCAGAAAUGUUCGCGCCAUGGCUACCGCUGACCUGAAUGCCCCAAGCUACGCAGUUACCAGCGGCCUCACAUAUGGCUACAACAAAGCCUUCAACGCCAACGGAAAACUGAACCUGUUCUCUGCCAACAAGCUCGACGGCUCUCUUGAAGUGAAGACGCCUAUUGCUGGAUUAGAAUUCACAAAGGUCGACUACGAACAUAAAAUCGACUCCACCAGCGUAGACGGCUCUGCCUCUUUGACCUAUGAGAACGGACGCAAAUUGGUGAGCGCUGAGCUGCAGUCCACCAUCUACCCAUCAUUUGACGCCAGUGUUACCCUCAAGACUCCCAUCUACGGCUACAGCAGCAUCCAGGGAUCAGCCGCCUACGACAGCUCUUACAACAAGUACGAAACCUCCAGCUCUCUCAAGAUUGAAGGACGUACUCAGUACACAAUGAGCUCCGGCUUGGACUACUCCGUGGAGCCCAUGAGGGUUUUCACAAAGGUCUCAACCCCGCACUCAGACUUCCGUGACGUGGAGCUCGUCUUGACUCAUGAAGGUCAGCUCACAAACUUCAAGACCACUGGAUUCCUGGCCUCUCCUCUCACCGACAACGUCAACGCCCAGGCCUCUCUCGACUACAAGAGCCCCUACGACAUGAGCGUGGGUGCAUCCAUGAAGAGCUCCCUGGCUGGCAUGGACGACCUCAAGUUUGAAAUGAAGAACUCUGACGCUUCCGGAGAGAAGAAGAUGAACACUAUCGCCGGUUGGACCGACGGACACCAGAUCCAAACUGAUGUUGUUUUCCGCCAUCAAGAUGGCUGGUAUGAGGAUCUGAUGACCGCUGACAUCAGCGUGUCCACUCCAUUCACCACCCUGCGUAGCCUGUCCGUACAGACUGAGAAAACGACCAAGUCGGAGGGUUAUGAAGGCAAAUUGGCCGUCAACAUGAACGGUGCCCAACUCCUGGACAUGAGUGGAGAGUACAGCAACAAGGACAAACGCGAAGCUACCGUGACCUUCACCCAGCCAUGGGCUAUGCAGUACACUGCUAGCGGCUUCAGCCAAGACGGAAAGAUGGAGGCUGACGUUAUGGCAAACUGGAACAGAGAUGAGCUAAACAGCAACGUCCAUGUGGUGGCUGUGAUGAACGACAAGUCGGACUCCUACCUCAUCGACAGGUCCAUGGACAUCAGCGUAGAGCGUGCUUCCCGCAAGAUGGGCGUGUCUCACACUCAGAAGCUGUCCGACGCCCAACUGCACAGCACCGGAAAGUUCUACUGGGACUCUGGCGAUGAGGACCAAGUGUCCUACGACUUGACCAUGACCGACAGCAGCCGUCGCAGCAAAGCCAUCUCUGAGGCCAGCCUUAAGCUGGGACUUCCCUCUAGAACGUUGGAAUGGGCCGGAUCUCUGAGUGACAGCCCAGCAGCUAAAACCGCUGACGCCACAUUCAACUGGGACGCAGGACGCGAUGACAGCAAACAGGUUGGCCUCAAGGCCACUAUGACCAGAGGAAAAUCUCUCCGUGGUGACGUCACUCUAAGCAUGCCAUACAUCAGAAAGGAAAUCCGUGUGGACGGAGAACUCAUGCUGAAGAACGGUCGCAUUAUCCUGGACUCCAAGACCGACAUCUCCUACUCCAGCGACGCCCGCAAGACCUUGACCCUGACUUCCAAGGUACAGGACAUCUCUGACUACUACAGCAACUUCAACUACAGCGUGGAGUUGGGCCUGAGCCACCCGUACACCAACAUCGACCUCAAGAUGAACUCGCACCUGGGCAGUUCUGACGAGCGCAUGACCGCUGGCCUGGAUACCAGUUACCUGACCGCCAGCAAACAGACCAAGAACCUGGCAAUGCUUGCUGAGAUUAACAAAAUCAAGAAACAGAUCAGUCUGCAGAUGUUCAGCCCCAUGAACAAUAUCCAGAUUGUGGGUGAUGUUGUGAGCACCAGCCCAUCCAAGCUGAGACUGUUGAACAGGAUGAACGGUGAGGAGACCUUCCGCUCCGACCUCACCCUGGACUCUGACAAGCAGAUGGCCGAGAUCAGCGCCAUCAUGGGCUCCGAGACAUACAGCCUGACAGCCGUGUACCCCAACAGCACCGCUUUCAACGCCUUCAUUUCGCACUCCACCCCCGACGUUCGCCACAAGGAGGCGCUUCUUGCUGUCCGACUCAACACGACACGCCUCCUGCACAGCCGCUUGGCAUGGCGCCCAGACAUGUGGGCGGAGCUUACUUCCGGACUUGAGGGGAAGGCAACGCGUGCCGGCAUCAGGGCCGCUGAAAACUGGGCUUUGCUCAACGCUGCUGUUGCUGAUGAGUUCGCUGCCAAAUAUGGUGCUGUGUCGAGCUCUGUAAAAGAAGAACUCAGCCCCCUGAUCGACAUGUUGGAGCGAGAACUGAACCGUAUGGCCUACAGAAUGAAUGACAUGUCACGGGAUCUCAGUGCUAUCUACCAGCGCAACGACUUCUACGCACAAGACAUGGGUGUGGUCUACACCACAAUGCAGAGAGAGUUCGAUUCCAUGAAAAUGGAAUACCGCCGCACGUACAUGGCGCUCAUCAGAUCUCUGAGACAGGCCAUAGACGACAUGAUGGCUUUCCCUGCCAGAGAGAGGUACUCUGAGUUUGUGGCUUCCGGCGUGGCCUAUAUGGCUAAGAACAUCUACUCCUCUCUCUCCUACUUGGAAGAGUACACAGCCGAGGCUGUCAAAGCAUUGACUGAGUACAAAGAGAAGACACAGAAAUUCGCCAAGUCCGUUUCAAACACAGUCUACAAUGCCACAUACGUAGACUACAUCUCAAAUAGAGUCAAGAACGUCGACAUUUCGCCUUACAUCACUUCUUUCGAGAUGCCAGAAGAGUACAGCAACGUCAUUGCUGGCGCCAGAAGCUCCGCCAUGUCUGGUCUUAAGACUUUGUGGGAACGCCCUGAGAUUGAUGGAGUCAGGAGCGAGCUGAACAGCGUUUACCAGAAGGGCGCCUGGACUUACAAGUACUGGAACGUGGAGGAGAACCUGAAGACCAACAUUGAGAGGAUGGCCAAGCUGCUCCGUGAGAUUGUUGAGGAUGAGCUCAAAGAACUGUCCGAUCACCACCGCAAACUCUUCAAGAACCCCAUCACCGUGUGGGCGCCAGAGCAGGGAGAGAUCCAGGCCGAGAUUCCUUUGCCCUUUGCCCUCAAGAGACUCGACGAAAUGCCAGACAUGAGCCCCCUUGUGAACAGAGCUGAGAGGUUCGCCCAAGAAGUGGCCGUCUAUUUGCCUGACCAGAGCACUUGGGAGAACAUGAAACAGUCCGUCUCAGACAUGUGGCCUGAAGCCGCGAAAGAGGUUGAGGAGAAGGAAGACACCGACGAGGUUCGUCUCUCAAAGUACACACCUUCCCGCAGGUUCAGAAUGAAGAAGGGAGGAAAGAAGCUGAGGAAGUACAGGAUGUAAAGAAGGAAAACGCCCUCUUUCUCUCCACACGGACUUGGAUCGUCCGAGGACCAAUGAUAUUAUGAACCUUAUGUUUUGCUAUUAACUUAUGUAGAGUGUUCCGACAACUUUCGAAAUCCGUUUCUGAAAUACUUGAAAUUGUAACUAGCUUUUAUCAUUGAAGUUUUAUAUUAUUCUUUGUUUUUCUAUUUUUGAUAUAAAUUAAAUAUAAUCAAAGCGUA